AAUGAGCUUUAAACUCCGGAAGUGAAGUAUUGUCCGCUGCAGUCGGAAGGUGUCUCGGCCCGGCCGGAAGUAGUUUUCUCCUCCCCUCCUUUGGGGUCGUUGGUCCGGUCUUGUUUCCGGCGUGUCCUUGAGCUGUGUCCCGACCAUGUUGUCCCGCUGCCUGGUCCGGGCGCUGCGCUGCCCCGUAACUGCCCUCCGGCGGGGCCCUGAGGCGGCUCGUCCUGUCAUACAGAUCGCAGCAGUGAGGGGCAUCACAUCAGCCAGGAUCCUCCCGGUCUCCCCUUUAAUAUCCCCGGCAGCCAGGUUUUACCGGACAUCGGCGGUCUGCAGGCAGGAUGUCCUAACCAUAAACACCCCAGCAUUUGCCGAAUCCGUCACAGAAGGAGAUGUCAGGUGGGAGAAGGCUGUGGGGGACGCGGUGGCUGAAGAUGAAGUGGUGUGUGAGAUUGAGACGGAUAAGACAUCAGUGCAGGUUCCAGCCCCGUCCUCAGGGGUGAUCGAGGCUCUGCUGGUUCCCGAUGGAGGCAAGGUGGAGGGUGGCACCCCGCUCUUUGUGCUCAGGAAGUCUGGAGCUGCUGCUCCCAAGACCAAACCUGCCGAGACUGCGGCCCCCCCAGCAGCUGCCCCUGCACCACCUACCCCAGCUGCCUCCACAGGACCUAUCCCCACAGCUAUCCCCCCAGUGCCACCUGUGUCAGCGCAGCCCCUGGAGACCAAGCCUGUGUCUGCACUGAAGCCGACGACCUCUCCACCCACCUCUCCUCCUGGUGCCUCAUCUGCUGCCCGCUCUGAACACAGGGUAAAGAUGAAUCGGAUGCGUCAGAGGAUCGCACAGCGGCUGAAGGAGGCUCAGAACACCUGCGCCAUGCUGACCACCUUCAAUGAGGUGGACAUGAGUAAUAUUCAGCAGAUGAGGAAUCUGCACAAAGACGCUUUCCUCAAGAAACACAACCUGAAGCUCGGCUUCAUGUCGGCCUUUGUCAAAGCUGCGGCCUUCGCCCUCCAGGACCAGCCUGCGGUCAAUGCCGUCAUUGAUGAUGUAGCCAAGGAGAUUGUAUACAGGGAUUACAUCGAUAUCAGCGUGGCCGUCUCCACCCCAAGGGGGCUCGUGGUUCCAGUGCUGAGGAACGUGGAGUCUAUGAACUUUGCUGAUAUUGAACGGACUAUUGCAGAGCUUGGAGAGAAGGCUCGGAAGAAUGAGCUGGCCAUUGAAGACAUGGAUGGGGGGACGUUCACCAUCAGUAAUGGAGGUGUGUUCGGCUCCAUGUUUGGGACCCCCAUUAUUAAUCCCCCACAGUCCGCUAUCCUGGGCAUGCAUGGAAUCUUUGAGCGUCCGGUGGCAGUGGCUGGAAAGGUUGAGGUGCGCCCUAUGAUGUAUGUUGCCCUGACCUACGAUCACCGGCUCAUUGAUGGGAGAGAAGCCGUACUAUUCCUGCGCAAAAUCAAGUCUGCGGUGGAGGAUCCGCGCGUUCUGCUGCUGGACCUCUGAGCCCCGCCUCCUGGUUUUAUUAACACCCCCCCCCCCCCCCCUUCCUCUCUCGUGUCAGAGCAUAAGGACGAUCUGGGGAGGGGACCCUGUGUACAGACUCUUCCCUCACUGCACAUGGAGGGUUGGGGUCCCCCCCUGGAGUCCUGGCACCUUGUUAGCCACAUACCCAGGUAAAUACCCUAUUUAAGGCCUCUUGGAUUUUAAUGGAGUAUUAAAUAAAUGCCCUUAAAAGUAAA